AUGGCCCAAGCUCAUGCAACAACAAACAAUAUAUGGUGUCCUUGUCGUACCUGUCGUAAUAACUUUUUCCAUCCGAUUGACUUGGUGGAAAGACACUUGUUCACCAUAGGAAUUGAUGAAAACUACACUGAAUGGAUUUUUCAUGGUGAGGAAGAAUCCUGGGAUGCUAAUGAGUUUGAUGAUGAUGUCAAUGAAGUGCAAAGGGACGAGUAUGUUGAUGACAUGGAUGAGAUGUUAGAUGACAUUAGACUUGGAUCAUUUCCAAAUGUGGAGCCAAUAGAACCUCGUACCAGUGAAGGUCCCACCUAUGUAGAGCCUAGACCAAAAAUUUUUGAUCAAUUAUUGGAAGAUGCCAGACGUCCACUCUAUCCAAGAUGUGCUAACUUCUCAAAGUUAUCAUUCAUUGUGAAGUUGUUGCAUAUAAGGACGAUUGGAGGGUGGAGUGUUAAAUCAUUUGACAUGCUACUAAAGUUGUUGAAAGAUUCGUUCUCGGAUGCACUUUUGCCUGACUCAUACCGCGAGUCACGACGGAUGGAGCGGGCCCUUGGUUUUGGUUAUAUGAAGAUUGAUGUAUGUCCAAAUGAUUGUAUACUAUACUGGAAGGAAAAUGCUGACAAGCAUGAUUGUCCCAAAUGUGGUAUGUCAAGAUGGAUAACACCCACAAUUAAACAAAAAAAAAUCCCACACAAAGUACUUCGAUAUUUUCCGUUAAAACCAAGGUUGAAGAGGUUGUUUAUGUCGAAAAAAACAGCAGUAUCCAUGAGGUGGCACAAAGAACAUCGUGUUGACGAUUCGAAUGUGAUGAGGCAUCCACGUGACUCAGUAGGGUGGAAGGACUUUGAUCAAGAGCAUAUCUCAUUUGCGAGUGAUGCGAGAAACAUGCGCCUUGGUCUAGCCAGUAAUGGGUUCAACCCUUUUAAUAAUAUGAGUAAACCUUAUAGUGUAUGGCCAGUAAUACUUGUUCCUUACAACCUACCACCGUGGUUGUGCAUGAAAGACCAUUUCUUCAUGAUGUCUCUUUUAAUUCCUGGACCAAAGGCGCCGGGCAACGAGAUUGAUGUGUAUUUGCGGCCUCUUAUUGAUGAAUUGGUUGAUUUGUGGGAAAAUGGUGUUGAUACGUAUGAUGCAUCAACAAAACAAAUGUUUCAAUUACAUGCAGCUUUCUUGUGGACGAUUAAUGACUUUCCUGCAUAUGGAAAUCUAUCUGGCUGGAGCACGAAGGGAAAAUUGGCAUGCCCUACUUGUAAUGGUGACACAGACUCUUUGUGGUUGAAAUAUGGUCGAAAGCAUUGUUACAUGGGUCAUCGUCGUUUCCUAUCUCCAGAACAUAGUUGGAGGAGGAAAAAGGCUAAUUUCAAUGGUAAUAAUGAUCACCGCAUGCCACCUUGUGAAUUAUCUGGCCACGAUGUCCUGGAUCAACUAAAUAAUGUUGGAGAUAUAUUAUUUGGCAAAGGUGGAAGGAAGAGAAAGCGACGACCUGAUGAACUUAAUUGGACAAAAACAAGUAUCUUUUUCCAAUUACCUUACUGGUCAACAUUGAAACUUCGACAUAACCUUGACGUCAUGCAUAUUGAGAAGAACAUCUGUGACAACGUCUUGGGAACUUUGAUGAGUAUUCCAGGCAAAACAAAAGAUUCAAUUAAUGCACGCAGGGACUUGAUGAUUCUUGGUAUAAAGAAGGAAUUACAUUUACAAGAACAUGGACAACGUCUUGUUAUGCCACCUGCAUGUUACACAUUACAAGGAGAUGAGAGGAGAAGCUUUUGCGAGUGGUUACAAGCUGUGAAAUUCCCAGAUGGAUUUGCUGGGAAUGUUGCUCGAUGUGUUACAUUAAAUGGUUGUAAAAUAUCAAGAAUGAAGAGUCAUGACUGUCAUAUUUUCUUACAAAGACUAUUUCUUGUUGCUAUUGCCGAGUACCUAAGACCUGACAUUCGCUUGGCUUUGACUGAGUUAAGCACAUUUUUCAGACAGUUGUGCACACGCACAUUGUCUAUAGAUGUCUUGAACCGUCUUGAGAUUGAUAUUCCAAUCAUCCUUUGCAAACUUGAAAUGAUACUCCCUCCUGCAUUCUUUGAUGUAAUGGUGCACCUAGUUAUUCAUCUACCACGUGAGGCAUUGUAUGGAGGGCCUGUACAGUAUAGGUGGAUGUAUCCAUUUGAAAGGUAUUUAGGAAAAUUUAAGUGUUAUGUCCGAAACAAAGCCCGUGCUGAAGGCUCGAUUGCUGAGGCAUACAUUCACAUAGAAUGCUUGACAUUUUGCUCGAUGUAUCUCCAUGAUAUCGAGACUAGAUUUGAUCGAGAAGAAAUAAAUGUAGAUGUUUGUGAAGGACGUCAACAAUCUGAAUUUUCGAUAUUCACACAAAAGAUUAGGCAACUACGUAAUUCUAGUCCCGAAGAGGUGUCCGAUGAUCUGUACGCGCUAGCAUGUGGACCUGACCCAUGGGUUUCAUCAUAUACUGGUUGCAUUAUGAAUGGAACUAGGUUCCACACAGCACAACGUGAAGAACAUCGUCUUACACAAAACAGUGUUGUGCUUGUUCUUGGGGACCAUCAAGGAGUUCGUGUUGGUAAUCACUUUACAAGUGUCGACUCAACUAGGAAAUCUUACAAGGAAGAGCCUUUUGUACUUGCAUGUCAAGCGUCACAAGUAUUUUAUCUCAAAGAUACGAGUUUAGGGAGAAAUUGGCUAGUAGUACAGAAGGUAACCACUAGGAAUGUUUAUGACAUUCCCAGCACAACAGUUGGGGAUGAGGAUGAGGAUCACUUGAUUGAGGAUGAAGCAUACCAGGAUGAAGAAUUUUCUCCACCAGCCCAUUUUGUAAUGGAAGAUGAUACAUGUUUAGAUAUGCCUUUGCAUCGAAUCGAUAUAGACCCGAUUUUAGUUGAUGAUAGAGUCAUGUUAGACCACCCUGAUCCAAGAGUUGAGGAAGAUGAGUUUCUUAGUAACGACUCAUCGGAGGAUGACAGUGAUUGGAAUAGUGACAACACUGCAGAUUCAAGCGGAGAGGAUGGUCAUAGUGAUCAUGAAAACUUACUCUAA